AUGCAGACGGUACACAUGGAUGAAGACUCCAAGACAAGCUACAAGACGGGCUCGGCUGCGUUCAUUGCGGUUCCUGUAGACGGAACGCCGGUCAUGGCGCUAUUGCUGUCUUUCCAACUCGGUCAAAGGAUGUUAAAUUGCGUAAAGCUUCAGCGCGCUCACGGAGAGCUCGAGCUCAGCUCCAAAAUUGAUAUUACACGCAUCGAUAAAAAGAUCUCAGAACUUCAACGACUCGUCGACUCCUCCAGCAUGGCACUAGCAAAGGCUGAGAUGGCAAAGCAUACCACUGAACAGGAACACCAAGAUGGGUCGGGUACGAGAAUCAUAAGGAUGAGGGAGAGACUAUCGAAAGCAAAAGAGGAUAUCUCACGGCUUCGGCGGGAGAAAGAGGCCAUCAAAAAGAAAGAGGAAGACUUGAAAGAGGAGUGGUACAAUUGGAUGGAGGCUGUUUCUUUGGGUCAUGACGACGCUUUCAUCAAGGCCGGCAUCUUGCCGGACUACGCCAAAGACCAGAAUGAAGAUAUAACGGGUCGUAAAUCUUCAGAGGAACAACAACCCGAAGGCGCUGGUGCUUCUAUAGAGGCUGGAAAGCCGCGCGAACAUCCAGCCAAAAAGACAAAAGGAGCAGAAGCCGAAGGUGUGCCAGCUACAACGCCCGUCAUCGAGACCGUCGCAAGAAAAGAAACACCGGCCAGCAAAGAGCUUGUACCUUACGACAAAAGCAACGAACCCAGCGAGGCCCAAUUACUGAAGGAGGCUAAUAUCAGAAGCAAACUCCACGCAGCAAGAAAAGCCUUCCGCGAAGCCGAGAAAGCACACGAGGGCCAUCGAUCUUCUUACAACCUCGAACUCACCAAGUUCUGCGCACAAAACCCAACCAAACCCUACAACGAAUUAGCUCCUAUGUUUCCCAGCUUCUUCCUCAGAAACGGACAAAAGCUGAUAGGCGAAUUACGUGAAGCAGAGCAUGCGUAUCUGGAGGCAGAGAGACGCGCUCUCGAUGCAAACAUCUUCUUGAUCCAAGAUGAACUUAUCGAAAAGGAUGUUAACCCAUACCUGGAUCUUGACGAGCUGGACGCGAGAAAUACCGUUGGCGACAAACAACCUAUUUACAGGUGGCGUCAUGUUAAAGCUGGUAUGCUCACUCCGCCGUCUAUUCAUACGAUCGAUACGUUCUAUGAUGCAAGCUCCAGUGACGAUGGAGACAGUGCUGGGAGUGUUGUAAGUGCGCAAGACGUUGGGGUUCAGAGGAUAGAAGACUAUCAACCAUCAGCACCAUCCGCGAACAACAUUGUCGACACCAACGUAGCAACACCGGCGCAAGAUGAGCCCGAGCCUCUUCCGGUAGAUGAACACACCCCGGAGCAGGCGGUCGAACUGAGCAAGCCUGUUGCAAGUCACUAUUCAGGCUCGUCUACCGAAUUAGCCUCCACAGUAGAUGGCGCAGCUUCUCCUGGGGUGGUGGAAAAGCGCAAAUUCUGGGGUCAGGUUCAAGGACAUGACAGCUUUAGUGUUGUCGAUAUGCAGGACAAACGACAAAAGAUUGAUAUUUGGCAAAGGGAAUGCGCGCGGUGGAGGGCUAGUAAUUUACAUUUCGAAUGA